AUGGUGGAUCUAAAACAGGAAAACUACGAAAUGGGUUUGAGUUGGCGUGCCAAUGCUAAUGCUCCUCAAGAUCAGCAACCCCCCUCUCAUCAACCCCGACCUGAAUAUCCAUCUUCUGAAGACUCUAGUUCCGAAUUCCUUCACCGAAUACAUAGUGUAAACUCAGAACCCGAUUUCUUCUCAAGUUUCAAUCCCAAACCCGAUAGGCGUGGAAUUUGUGAUUUAUGUGGCUAUAUAUCUGAGUGA